CAGGGGCCACAGUUUCUUUGAGUCAAAACUCUAGAAAGCAUCAAAAAAUGAGCGGAAGAGGCAAAACCGGAGGCAAAGCCAGAGCUAAGGCCAAGACCCGCUCCUCUCGGGCCGGGCUCCAGUUCCCAGUCGGUCGUGUCCACAGGCUGCUGCGUAAAGGAAACUAUGCGCAGCGUGUGGGAGCUGGCGCCCCCGUCUACCUGGCGGCUGUGCUGGAGUACCUGACCGCUGAGAUCCUGGAGCUGGCUGGAAACGCUGCCCGCGACAACAAGAAGACCCGGAUCAUCCCCCGUCACCUGCAGCUGGCUGUCCGCAACGACGAGGAGCUCAACAAGCUGCUGGGUGGAGUCACCAUCGCUCAGGGCGGCGUGCUGCCCAACAUCCAGGCUGUUCUGCUGCCCAAGAAGACCGAGAAGGCCGCCAAGAAGUAAAGCUGGACUCUCUCUGACUAAAACACCACAAAGGCUCUUUUAAGAGCCAACCACUUCUGAUUUAAAUAGCUGUUUCUAAAUAUUAAUUGAAAUAUUCUGCCAUAUACAAAUAUUAAAGACUGAUUU